AUGCAAUCAUUCGACUUCCAACACUAUCCGACUCAACCCACCUCGAACGAUCAUCGCCUCGCCGACCGCAACGAAGCACCCUUUCCACCACACGAGACGUGCGAAUUGACAGACGACAUUCACAAUGGCCGCCGCACGACCCUUCUACACGCAAGUCUUCCCUCCUUCCGCUCCGCCGACCGAUAUCGUUGGUGCUGGCCGAAAACCGCGCGAUUUGAAACCGACGGAGGCCGUCUUGAUUGCGGUGACGAACAUUAUAUGCUAACGGGUUUGGGCGGGAACAGCGCUAUCUUCAAGAACAACUUCUCCAUGCUCGGCUUCGUCUUCGCGACGGGCUUUGCUUUCGAGAUGGGCUUCAACGGGGCGAUGAACAAGUACUGGGACUACCUGAACCGCGGCCGCCAAUGGAAGGAUAUCCGCCACAAGUACGUCGAGGCUGCCGAUGACGAUGAGGAAUAG